AGAUGACAGUGAUGCACAGAGCCCGUUAACGGGAGCCCGUUACCGGGAGCUGUUUGAGCUGAGAGUUGGGACAGUGGUGAAGAAGCUGCAGGUGUGUUCAGGUACGACUUAGUGACACACCUUCUGGAUCUCAGGGUUUGUCGUUUAGCAAAAUGUUUUCGUAAAAACCUUUUUAAAGAGUGUAAUCUUUAUGUGAGCGUGUCUGUGUUACUGAAGAUCUUCUGGAUCUUGCUCCUCGGUUCACUCCAGAAACAUUUUGUGUAGUGUUGAGGUGCUGCUCCAGGGUGUGUGUCUCCGGGGAGCCAGGAUGGAGGCCAGCACCAGCGCCACGCCGCCCGGACACACACCAGCCACACGCAGCCGAGAAGCCAAGAAGUGGGUGCGGUCGUUCCCCAGCCUGCCCCCCUCGCGGCCCCCCCGCCCCCAGCAUUCCCCAGAGAACGCAGCGCGGGAGCGGAGCCGUGUGCGCCACCUGCGCCAGGCCUUCCACAGCCUGCAGGCAGCGCUGCCCGCCGUGCCGCCUGACACCAAGCUGUCCAAACUGGACGUUCUGGUGCUGGCUGCCAACUACAUCAGCCACCUGACGGAGACCCUGGACCAGGGCGCAGUGCCAGGGGAGCACACAGCGCCCCCCAGGCCUGGAGGGUUCCUGCACCCUGUCAAGAAGUGGCCCAUGCGCUCCCUGCUGUACUGUGGCAGUGUGGGGGAGAUACUGACAGGCGCGUCGACCAAUCAGUCGUCAGUCUCAGGGGAGGGGGAGACACACCCACUGACCCCUACGUCAAAGGUCAUGACAGAAUGAUCCGGAGCUCUACAUGAAACUUCUAGAGACUUCUGAGGGCUUGAGAUGGUUGUGGGUAGUUAUGUGCGGUGGGUCAUUGGGAUACAUUAAACCUCCACCAGGAUGACAGGAUUCUCAACUGCACUCAUCACAAGGAGCUGAGCAGGGCCUGUCUAACAUUAGACAUUUAGCAGACGCUCUUAUCCAGAGCGACUUACAGUAGGUACAGGGACAAACAUUACCUUCUACGCGUUAGAAAUGUACUCUGAACGUCAAUGUUACAAAAAUGCUUGUGCCAAAGAAACAAACACUUUUUGAAGUCAUUAAGUCUGAUAUAAAUUAGACCAUGCAGAUAGAAAUCUAAUAUUGUCAUACUCACCUAGGAGAUCUGCAGAAUUAGGUUGUUUUCACAUGUUAUGACUUUCAUUACAAUGUUAAACAAUCAUGUGUUUAUGUUUGAGAUGGAUAUUAAAGUGUAUGGUUAUCCCUUUGCUGUGGGCCUUGUUUUGGAAUGGCGGUGGUGUGGGUGA